GUAUAGAAAAUGCCAAAAUGUUGGUAUGAAGACUGGUCUUAUCUUAAGUGAUGAACAAAAAAAGGUCUAGUUCAAGAAAAAACUGAAAAGAAUAGGUUCUGAUACUUCUGUAGUUCCUAUGUUCCAUCACAGAUCCCAUAUUCCAUCCAAGAUGAAAACAAAUCUAAACUUGAAAUCUGGCAUAGCUGCCUUUUCUACUGAUCUGGCUACUUAUCGGUCAAACAACCCAUCAUCCAGUUCUCAUUUUUCUCUCAAACAAAAAUUGAAAUCAAUCCCAACAGUUCUCAGUUCAAUACCUACACCAGUGAUUUGCACCACCUCUUCUACAAAGAAUAACAGAGAUAUAAUGAUUCAAAAUAAAACAUUUCAAAUCAAAUCAAUGAGAAAAAUGUUCCCCUCACAAGCCCUUCCAUUCAAUAAGGACCUCACACUCAAUCAAUCUGAGUCUUUGGUAAGAGCUUCAAGGAGAUUUUUAUUGGAAAAGGCUAAACGCCAAGAUGUUUUUUUCAAGCUAUUACCUCCACCUAAAUUAGCAAUACUUGCAAAUCCAUUUUCUGAUGGGCUUCAUCUUUCCCAAGAAUCAGAGUCAAGAUGGACUGGAAAAUCCACAAGUGGAAGAAUUCACAACAAUUCUUCCGUAGAAUGUUCUCCUAGCGCUUACCGGAAAACAACAACAGUUAUUAGGACUCCUAUUAUCAACCCCACUAUUCCUUCAUCUACACUCACCUCUAAAGAUUUAUCCAACAGUUCAAAAGCUUUCGCUGGAAUAUGCCAGAGUUGGAGAAGUAAAUCAAGCUCUGAUGAAGAAAUGACUAAAGCUUACUCAGCAAAUACACAAACGGUAGAUUUGAGACAUCCUGUCAAAAUGGCGGAAGCUAUUGAUAAUCAAGGGCUCCCAGAUUCUCAGAAUAAUAAAUCAACUGAUACUGACACUUUAUCCAAUCCUGUUGUCAAUCCAAAUUUUGCAAGAGAUAUUGAUAACCAGCCUUCCAAAGAAUCUAAUCUCUCACCAGAGGUUAUUCGCAGUACAGUUAUAGUGAAUCCUUCACAUAUUCCAAAUCUAACAGCAGAAGCCCUUGGAAAUAAUAAUUCCAAAACAAUUAAUAGAUCAGUUUAUGGGAGGAAAAGAGAGGAAUGGUUGGGAGGGUAUUACGAAGAAUAUAUGAUGAUAAACACCUCAUUAGACGACAGCAAGCCAGAGGUUGAGAAUUCUUUCCUGGAUAAAGUUAUUCAAAAAUAUAUGUUGUAUCAUCAUGAGAAGUUUAGAAGGGAUCCAUUCUCUGACAAGACUGCAAAUCCAGUGAUGGGGAACAAUCCUGUUCACACUCACCUAAAUCUUGAACUUCAGGGUCCAGGAUCUUCACAAAGAAGUGUUGUUAUGAUGAAAAUUCAAGAUCAAGAUCUGUCCAAAGUUUGCACCUCAGACAGUACUCUGGAAAACAGUGAUUUUCAAGAUCAGCAUGAAGACUCAGAUAUUUUGGAAUACGUUUUGAACAUUGGGGUUCCAACCCUACUAGACCUUUAUACUGUGGAGGAAAUCAAAUUCUUAGAAUACCACAAUCAAUGUUUCUGGACAAGUUGGUCAAGGUUCAACUUGGGCUCUCAGGUUAUGAGUGUCUUUAUAAAGUGGUGUUGCUCUGAAGGAGAUCUUGCUCCCUGGAUAAUGAUUUUGUUUCAUAAACAAUUAACAGAAAGACAUGUAGCUUUCAUGGUUGAAAUUGAAGAUGAUUCUAGAAUAACGGAAAGUGAUUGUAUCACGCUUCUCAGGAGAAAUGUAAAGUCAGCUGUAUACCUUUAUACAGCUUGGAAUUACCUGCAAAAUGCAGAGGACCAACAUUUCUAUUCCAUGGGAAAAGAUGAUUAUAGCUUUGUGCUAAAUGUUCCGCACCCACCAUUAAAGCGAUUCAUUCAAGCAAUUGGUUUAGAGGAGCGAAAGCGUACUCUCCUAUUUGAGAUUCUGGAAGGAAACAAAAACAAACCAUUCCUAACUGAUCAAAAGGUAAUUGUUGUUCUUCUUUUUCAACACUUUUUUUUAUAAAAUAAUUCAAAAAACAGUUUUCAAUACCAAAGUUUAACCAAAAACAACAAAAUUGUCUGUUAAUGCUUAUCACCCAUUUAAAAGAGGAAAACUAAAUGGGAUAGAGAGUAAAAAUACGCAAAAAAUAAGAUUUUUUAAAGCAGUUUUUUUUUCAAAUAAGAGAAAUUGUUGAGAUUAGCCAAUUCUCAGAAAGCUCACUAUUUAUAUAUAUUGAAAACCGCAUUUUGUAACAUUUAUUUCACUACAAGUUAUCAAAAUCUGACAACUGAAAGUGGGUCGAAACAAAGAUUUAGUUUGUUUCAGGAAAAAAGCAGUCAUUCGGCCGUGUGCCUGAGGACUCAGGCAUUUAGUUUAAAAAACGUCUGCUUCUAGGACAUUCUUAUAAGAAUACACGUUGAUAAUUAAUCUAGAAAAACAAAGGAUAUUAACCCUAUUCAUGCGGAGAGGGGGGUCAAGUUGAACCCCCCCCCUGUUAGUUUUUUUUUACAUAACUCAUAAAGU